AUGUACCAAUUUCCUCAUUAUUCUGAUGCACUGAAACAAUUUCCCUCCGCUGCAUUGUCAGCCUAUUUAGCUGGAACAUCCAAUAUUGGCAAUGGUAUUAUGCAUAAUACUGCUCAUCAUUCCCUAGCAGCAGCGGCAGCCGCAGCGGCAGCUGCUGCUGUUGUUUCACAAACGAAUCCGUUCUCCAUUGAUAACAUUCUCGCCCCACGUCCACGUUUACCUCUUCCAUUAUCAUCUUAUUAUGGUUCAACGGGAAACAAUAAUUCUCCAAAUGCAGCGGAUUUCUACUCUUAUCCUGCAUUACAAAAUUUCUUUGCUGCGGCUUCAAUGGCUCAAAGUCAUAAAAGAAAACGAAGACAUCGAACAAUUUUCACCGAAGAACAACUCGAACAAUUAGAAGAAGCAUUCGGUCGUACACACUAUCCUGAUGUAAUGAUGAGAGAAGAUCUCGCAAUGAAAAUCGAUCUCAAAGAAGAACGCGUCGAAGUUUGGUUUAAAAACCGCCGUGCCAAAUAUCGCAAACAAAAACGUGAAGCUACCGAGAGAUGCCGUCGAGAAGCUCACGAUAAAUCACAACGAACGGAUGGUGACAGUACGGCAACAGGUUCGUCGACACCAAGUGCAAACUCGAGUUCAUCGUUGAGUAGUGUUGGCCAAGACGCACCCACAAAUGUAGAGCAGACUUUGUCAACAUCACACCACUUAGCUGUAUGUCCAACCAUACCUAGUCAUAAUAGUGAUAGUUCAGGAUCAGAUUUAUCACUAGGUAAUUCCAGGACACAUUCACCAAACGAUAGUCAACAGCCAUUAGCAUUAACGACCAAUGGAAAAUCGCCGACGGUGACGACGAUGACAAAUACCAAUUCGCGGAAAGAAACAUUUCCGAUUGAUCAGAUCCGACAACAGAUCCUUUCGACAACGACCGACAUGGCGAAGUCGACGGCAACUAACUCUGCACCAUAUGUUAAACUGUAG